AAGGCUGGUGCUGGAGCCUCCUCUCCCUGCUGCACCGCCAGUGCCCCUGAGCGCCUGACCCGUUUCUCUCUGGGUCUUUCUCGGCCGGGGGUUAAUUCCUGCCAAGAAGGGGCUGAGUCUCCUCGCGCUGUCUCUGUUCUUGUGGCUUCCUCUGUCCGGCAAACUGUCUGCGGGCACCUGGGUUUAAUUUCACGUCUCGGGAGUGCCAAGGCAGGCAGGUCCAAGAAAACUCCCCAGCUCAACAAGGAGGACUGGAACCUUUCUUUGAUUUCAUCAUCGCAAUAGGACACACUAGGCUUAAUAAAGAAAACAACAUGUUGAAAGACCUGCUAAAGGCAAAUGCUGAAAAAGCAGUGAAGCUGGAGGUGUACAACAUCAAAACAAUGAAAAUAAGAGAGGUAGAGGUGAUCCCCAGUAACAUGUGGGGAGGACAAGGACUUCUUGGAGCCAGCGUGAGGUUCUGCAGCUUCCAGGGAGCCAGUGAACAUGUGUGGCACGUAUUGGAUGUUGAACCUGCAUCUCCUGCAGCUCUAGCUGGUCUCCAGCCAUACACUGACUAUGUUGUUGGAUCUGAUCAGAUUCUUCAGGAGUCAGAGGAUUUCUUUUCACUGAUUGAAUCCCACGAGGGGAAGCCACUGAAGCUGAUGGUUUAUAACACUGAAGCAGAUUCCAUUCGAGAGGUAGUUGUGACUCCCAAUGGAGCUUGGGGUGGAGAAGGAAGUUUAGGAUGUGGUAUUGGAUAUGGCUAUUUGCACAGAAUUCCAACACAGUCAGUACCAUCAAAGAAAAAUCCAGAAAGCAAACCACCCUCACCCUUACCAGAAGCUGGAACUCCUGUACCAUCUGCUAAUGGUUACACAGAGACUCCCUUAUUGGCACCUGCUUCUCAGAGUGACAGCUCUGAAAUGGUUAUGAACUUGGAUCGCUCCACAGAUCAAGAAAUGAGUGGUUAUUCACCAGAAAGCUCACUUUCUCCUCCUCCUCCUCUCCAGAGAGUUAUGGAUCCAGGAUUUCUAGAUAUGUCUGGUACUACAUUUCCUGAACUCACUGACCUAACAAAAGUGUCCAACGUGUCUUCAUCUGCCUCCUCCAACACACCAGCAGCACAUGGGUUAGCAGGCACUGAACAGUUCACGUUGAGCACUGACACUUCUGCUUAUUUUGAGAAUUCCACAGCUUUGGCCCCUGAAGAUGUAACUGUGCCUUCUGAAGGCCCAGUCAAGCAGCCUGAGUUGGAUGAUCCACUGCCUUCAAUUCCACCUUUACCUUCUUUUGCUCUCCCUCAUGAAAUUUCUUCAGAAACACCACCAGGAACUGAUGCAGAUAACCAAGAAACAAAGUUGCUCUUAAACAGUGAGAGCUCCUUAACCACUAGUCCUGUGAAACCAGAUGAUGAAGCACCAUGUGAACAGAAAGAAGAGGCUGCACAAGAUCCUGAGUGAAAUGGAUGCUUCUUUAUCAACAGACUGCCCUAAGCUGGAAUGCUACAGCUUGGAAUAUUUUUCUGAUCUUGAAAGAAUUACAGCUAUUCUAUUUUGUUAAUGUAGACAAUAUUAUAGAAGAAAUCAUAGGAAAUGCAUCUCCUAUUGUCUUUUUCAGUCAUUGCUUAAUGGAUGGAUCUGUGUUCAAGCUUUGAAUGCUGUCCAGAAUCACCCAGUUAAUGGAGAAGUUAAUGCAGAAACAAGUCAGAGACUGACAAAAUGUCAGUCUGAAUUCCUGUUUGCUUACAACUGCUCCUGGAUGUAUUUAUGAAGGCUCUCUGCCUGAACAGUGACUCCUAAUGAUUAUUUUAGCAGUAUGAUUGAUGGAAUAAAAACCAAAUAUUUAUGGUUUUGACUUUGCUAGAAAGCUUUUCUAAUGGUACACCUCAAAUUGACAUGACAGGCUUUGUGACUUUCAAGGCUUCUCCCUACCCUAAGGUAUCUUUAUUCCUACUUAGUACUCUGCAAAAUGGUUUGUUUUUUUGUUGUCGUUGUUGUUUUGGAGUCCCUCCUCUGUAAGUUAUUAGAGUACCUUCUCUAAAACCCCUUUUGCAGGAAAGGAAGCACCAUAAGGUUUGAAGUUGCAGCACAGAGAUAGGACAGAAUGGUCUGGGUGGGUCCUGUCAUUCACAUCCUCUCUUCAGUGGAACAUGUGCUGGUCUUGCAUGGAAAAGAGGGAGGGGGAAUUGAUGAUAAUUGGAAACAAACUGUCAAAGAUGAUUUUAAAUCAGGUCCAUGUGUUUCCAGGGUGAUUAACCUUUUCAGUGAAAUGAACAUGUCUUAGUUUCUGUAGUGACAGAAAUGGCUUUUCUUUAGUUGUGCUUUUCUACUUACCCACUUCUGUUUUUCUACAAAUCACUGGAAGUUUUAAGAUAGGGGGCUGGAACAGGUGCAGCAACAUCUAGUGCUUUUUGUAGCUUUCAUGUUUUCUUUGCACUUUUUUCAAACAGCUUCUGAAUGUAAUAGCAAACAUGAAUGAAACACUUGAGUGUUUUUAUACCCCUCAGGGCAGUGAUUUAUCAUGUGAUUUUAAAGGUGCUGAUUGGGAAUAACUACACUAUGGCUGGUACAAUUAGUGUGGUGAAGUCCUUCCUAAAUAAAGGGAAUGGGUACAAGGUUAGGUGUGUGUAUAAGCUGUAAGCUAGAGUGUACUUGGCACAGUAUUGUCUGAUUUCCUGGUGUCUGCCCUGUCUCCUGAUCUGUUCCUACACUGUGCCCUAUGGACAUCACUAAGUGGAAGGAUUGAUGAUGCUGGAAUCUUGUGUAACAGGGUGGAGAGUCUGGAUCACACAGAGCUGCUUGUCAAGUUGUAACAUGAGAGGUCAUAAGAUGAGUGCACCCUUCCAUAAAAUCUGUCCUUUAUAUUCCUUCCUCUCCUGAAUUGGUUUUAAAUAUUGUUUUCACAUAGAAUACAGUAGCCCUGAACAGGGAGGUCAAAACUACUUUAGUUUCUUUAAACUACUUUAAAGAAGAGUGCAUUAAGCUCUCCUGCAGGUAGUAAAGAGAUCUGAAAUCUAGUCUGCUAGAUCAUCUGUUAUGAACAGAUUUUUUUUCCUAUAUUGUAAAGUAAAUUUCCUCUUCCCCACACCUGAUUGCUGUAAGGGUGAAGAACCAAACACUAAAAAUAAAUAAUUCAAGCUACUCA